AUGUCUUCAAGCUUCCUCGACCCACGCGCAAGCGUGACAGCGGGCACAAAGCACAAGCAGAUCCAGGCGGCGAAGGAGAUGCAGCAGGCUGUCCUCGAACGAGCUCAGCGGACCGGCAAGGAACCGCCGCCCUACGAAUUCCUGGAGCUCAUAGGCAAGGGCAGCUUUGGCAGAGUCUUCAAGAGCAAGAACAGGAACACCGGGGAACUGGUCGCCGUCAAGAUCACAGAGAUCGACAGGUCAGACUAUGAGGAGCAGGACCUUGGCUCAAGAGACGAUACGUUCAAGUCUUUCCUCAAGGAGGUCACUAUCCUACAACAGCUAAAGGACAGCAAGGCGCACAACGUCAACAUCAUCCAUGAGGCUUUCUCCUUGCACUCGCAGUUAUGGCUGGUCUGUGAAUGGGUUGCUGGUGGAAGCGUGCAUACCUUGAUGAAGGCUAGCCCACGUGGCCUCGAGGAGCACUUCAUAAUUCCUAUCGCACGAGAACUGGCCGUCGCGCUGAAGCACAUUCACGAUGCCGGAAUCAUACAUCGUGAUCUCAAGUGUGCAAACGUUUUGGUAGCGGAAGAUGGCCGCGUGAACUUGUGCGAUUUCGGCAUAUCCGGUGUUCUUGAGAGUCAGGUGGCGAAGCGGUCAACAAUCAUCGGCACGCCAAACUGGAUGCCCCCUGAACUCCUGCUGCAGAUGGGCCAGGCCGCAGCUACCGGCUAUGGCGCCGAAGUGGACUGCUGGGCGUACGGUUGUACAAUCUACGAGAUGGCCACUGGCAUGCCCCCGAAUGCCAGGAUAGCUCCCGCCAUGAUGGCGACGAUGCGCGCACCGCGUCUUGAAGGCGGAGAUUACUCUGAUGAACUUAGAGACUUUGUGUCAUAUUGUCUGGAAGAACGUCCGAAGGACCGUCCGCGGAUGGAAGACAUUCUCAAUCAUCCCUUCCUCGCUAACACAUCCAAAAGCCAUCCCACUGAGUCUCUUCGACGGCUCGUGGAGCGUUACCGGUCCUGGGAGCUAUCGGGUGGUCAGCGCAUGUCUCUAUUCAAUCCAUACGGUGCUCAAGCUCCGGACCCUCUGGCACCUCAGGCAGAGUUCGAUGACGAGUGGAACUUUAGUACUACCGACGAGUUCGAGAAGCGGUUCUCCAUGCACAGCAGCAGGCUGUCGGAUCCGUUCGAGGAGAAGUUUCAGUUUCCCGCCAAUGCUGCGCCAGUAACGGCCAUGAAGGACCUCACGCCUUUCGAGAAAGCCAUGGAAGAGGAGAGAAUUCGAAGAGGUGGACGAGCCAUGGAGAAACUCUUCAAUCCCAACGCAGCGCCCUACGGUUACGAUUUAGGUGACUCCUCACGACCACUCUCCGACUUACCGUUGCGCAAUAUCGAAAACGAUCGUUCAUCGCAGCGUCUCACUAUGAUCGAUCUCGAUGAGGCUGGUGCUGGCUUUACUGAGGUGCCAAGUCUCGACCUGUCCGAGAUAUCUACUCUGAGGGCCAGCAGAGCGAAUCGCUUCCUAAAGGAUUCUGACGACGAAGAUGAGGAGGAACAGAAUCAGCGCGAGCAGUUGACGCGGCGUGCCACGCGAGAUUGGACGUUCCCAAAGCCAGCUGCAGCAUCCCAAUCGAACCGUCGGACUCGGGAUUGGACAUUCAGCAGUGCCCUGGCCGAGGCCAACAGUCAAGAUUCAGGUUUGCCUGCUGGUCAGAUUGCGCGGCGCCGUGCAACCAAAGAACUAACAUUGCCCAUGUUAGCAGUCCCAUCUGCAGACAACCCUAAUCGGCGGACGAUGGAGUGGACCUUCUCGACUGCGCGUCCGGCGGGUGGCCAGGAAAACGUUGUGCCCGCUCAGGAACCUCCUCUAAAGCCGAGACCUUUCCCAUCGCCUGCCCUAGCUCCACCGUUUCGCCCGCAAUUGAGGCAUGCCGCCACAGAGCCUCUUGACGCCUUUCUCCCCGAGCCACUCAGCGCUGCGCCAGAGUCGCCCAACCGCACUUCCAUGAUCGACCUUGACUUUGCUGACCCAACAGUGUACACGACCACCUAUCCUGGCCAAACCAUCACAGUAUCCACUAUUCCAUCCGCCGUCCCAUCACCCUCUACUCCCCGAUCUGUACAAACAACGUCGACAUCUGGCCACCCUUUCGACCUAGAAGACCAAGUACAGCUAUCUCGAAACAGCAACCGCGCUUCUUUUCACAUGAAAUCGCAGUCCGAGCCAGUCCACGAACUACCCGGUUUGCUAACACCGGCCGAAAUCAUUGAUCCAGACUCAUGGAAUUCAGAUCAGGACACACUUCACAGCCGCGCCAUAAGCCAGUCGACCGUCGGCUCCGCCACCAGCAUUCCUGCCACCAACCGCCGCGUCCCACGCCGCCGGCACUGGGAGAACUUUUCGCAGGAUUUCAGCCGGCCUAUCGCUCCAGUUGCUGCUGCUGCACAGGUAGCAGAUGACAGCGACCACUACUUCAGCGAAAGCAACUACGACACCGACGACAACAACAACAAUUACGCCAACCGAACUCGACAACCUCACCACCAGCAUCACCAACAGCAGCGACGUCGUCUAGCCACCCACCGACCCCUGAAAACCAGCAUCCCGAUCUUAUCCGCGCCUCCGCCGAUGGCGUACCCAGACACGGAAUCCGACACCGAACCCACCAUCCGCAGCAUCACCACCGCAACCCAACGCGUUGAUCGCCAGCGCAGACCCGUCAUCGCGUUACCGACUCCUCGCGCCCCGGAGCCCCGCAUCCUGAGGUGGCAUGCGGAGCGUAGGCUUGUGGGACGGGAGAAGAGGAGGACGGGACGUGAGUUUGGAGCUGCAGUGAGGAGGACAAGUGAGUUGUUGAGGGGGCUGAGGGCAAGGAAGCCACCGGUCAAGAGGGCUAGGGGAGGCACGAACGGUUCGGCUGUUGGGGGUGGGAGGGAUCCUGGAGGUGGAGUUUAG